AUGGGGCGGAAGGAGAUUGUCUGCAGUUGGAAGAAACCUGUAAAUAACAUCAAGGAUGUGUUUGAUUUCAAGGGGAAGAUGGGAUCGGGAUCCUUUUCUGAAGUUUUCAUGGUGAGGGAAAAGAAAACUGGGAAAUUGUUUGCACUGAAAUGCCUGAAAAAAAAGCACCUCACUCACAGCAACCUGGAAAAUGAAAUAAAUGUUUUAAAGAGGAUAAAGCAUGACAAUGUGGUAGGGCUGGAGGAUUUUUAUGAGAGUCGAACACACUAUUACCUGGUCAUGCAGCUGGUUUCAGGUGGGGAGCUGUUUGAUCGGAUUCUAGAUAAAGGUGUUUUCACAGAGAAGGAUGCCAGCAUGGUGAUCAAACAGGUGCUCGAGGCUGUCGGCUAUCUGCAUGAAAACAGUAUUGUCCACAGGGACCUGAAGCCUGAAAACCUGCUCUACUAUAGUGCGGAUGAAAAUGCAAAGAUCAUGGUCAGCGAUUUUGGUCUUUCAAAGACAUUGGAACAUGGAGUUAUGUCCACAGCAUGUGGUACACCAGGAUAUGUUGCUCCAGAGGUUUUGGCCCAAAAACCCUACAGCAAAACAGUUGACUGUUGGUCCAUUGGCGUUAUUACUUACAUCUUGCUAUGUGGAUACCCUCCGUUCUUUGAGGAGAAUGAGACACGUCUCUUUUCAAAGAUCAUGAGAGCUGAUUAUGCCUUUCACUCUCCCUUUUGGGAUGACAUUUCUGAGUCAGCGAUAGACUUUAUUAGGAAUAUGAUGGAGAAAGAUCCCCAGAAACGAUUUACAACAGAACAGGCUCUGCGGCACCCAUGGAUUUCUGGAGAAACAGCUAAAGAUUUGGACAUUUAUAAUUCUGUCUGUGAGCAGAUGGAGCGGAACUUUGCCAAAUCUAAGUGGAAGCAAGCCUUUAAUGCAAGUGCCGCCAUCUACCACAUGAAGAAACUGAAGGACUCUUCCAGGGAGCACAGUUCCACUGCUCUUUCACUGCCCCACAUCAUUGUCCAGACCUCCUCUCAGACUGAUCUCGACUGUCUACAAUCCUGUGAUGAUGAUGAUCAUAGCUUGGACCGAAAUGGAAAUCCUUUCCAUGCUUCCAGUCAUCUCACUUGCAGUGGUUCUGAACCCAGCAGGAGUCUCUGCCCUCCACUAAGAGGCCACCAUAGUGAACCCAACUACCUGCUUGCAGAACCAAGAGAGGUCCACUCAUCGGAAAAUAACACUUCUUAUAUGUCAACCAAAAGCCUGGGUGCCGUGGCUAAGAGGAAGGACCCACCACUUCAGUCUGGUGUUUGUUCUGUCAUGUGA